AUGAAGAUGUCGGAACAUUCUGAGAGCACGGCUGAAAAGCUCAUGGGCAACAUCAUGGAUACCAUUGCUGACAAGCUCCCUAAGCAGAAGUCUGACAAUAUCAUGAGCAACAUCAUGGAUACCAUUUCUGACAAGCUCCCUAAGCAGAGGUCUGGCCGGUUCGAUCCUGGUUCAGUCGCUGAUGUGAAGAACAAGAUGUUUGGUCGUCAGAGGUCCCUCCAUGGAGUUCUGGGUGGCGGAAAGUCUGCUGAUGUGUUGUUAUGGAGGAACAAGAAGAUAUCUUCCAGUGUUUUGGGUCUCGCGACAGCUAUCUGGGUUUUCUUCGAGUGGCUUGAUUACCACUUCUUGACAAUCAUUUCAUUUGCCCUUGUUCUUGGAAUGGUGGUUCAGUUUGUUUGGUCCAACUUCUCAAGGUCUUCUGAAAUACCCCGGGUUAAGUUGCCAGAGGACCUGUUUGUGAACAUUGCUGUUGCCAUCGGUGCCCAAGUAAACAAGUUCCUUGGUUUCCUUCAAGAUGUGUCUUGUGAAAGAAACUUGAAGCAUUUUGUAUUGGCAAUUGUCGGAUUGUGGGCUGCUUCUGUGGCUGGGAGCUGGUUCAACUUCCUGACUGUCAUUUACAUUGGGUUCGUCUGUGCGCACACGCUCCCUGUGCUGUACGAGAAGUACGAGGACCAGGUCGACGACUUCCUCUACAGCAUCCUGGGCCUGCUCCGAGAGCAGUACCAGAAACUCGACAGCGGCGUCCUGAGCAGGAUGCCCACCAAGAGGAACAAGAAGAGCGAAUAG